GGGCGGGGCCUGCCUGAGCGGAUAAGUAGCAAACGCUGUGGCUCACACGAACAUCGUGCGUUAAUUUAAGGGAAGGUGGCAGUAUACCGCUAGUAAUAUUAAAAGUUACUCGCACCACGUUAACAAUAGUUUUUUGUCACAGACUAGUGCUCUUUGGAUAAGUUUAAGGUAACUUUCGACGUGCGCAAUGGCCGAGGAAGUGAAGGUAUCUAACGGAGAGCCGCAUCUCAAUGAGUCCCCGGCCAACCCGGAGCCGCUGUCCCAGCGGGUGAAGAGGAUAGUGAUGGCCAACCUGCUGGUGAUUCUCACCGUGGCCGGGGUCAUUGUCGGUGUUUGUAUUGGACUUGGUGUGCGCAACGUGGAGCUGAACAGGACCCAGGUAAUCUACGUCGGUUUCCCCGGUGAGCUGCUCAUCCGGCUGCUGAAAAUGAUUAUCAUCCCGCUGGUGGUGUGCAGUCUGGUUUCCGGGGCCGCCAGCAUCGACCCUAAAUCCCUGGGCAAACUCGGCGGCUGGGCGAUGCUCUUCUUCUUGGUCACCACGUUAAUUGCCUCGGCCAUCGGGGUGGUGAUGGCUUUCAUCAUAUCUCCGGGGUCGGGGUCGAUUGCCAAACCCCAGGUGCAAGGCUUGGGUGACGACGUGCCAGCCCCUAAAGAAGUGAUCGACUCCUUCUUGGAUUUGAUCAGAAAUAUAUUUCCCUCCAACCUGGUGUCUGCUGCCUUUCAAUCAUAUGCAACCAGCUACAAGCUGGUUUCCAAGAAUGGCACAGAUGGAAACCUCAGUUUCACAGUGGAGAAGGUGCCCUUUGGAACAGACCAGGAUGGCAUGAAUAUUCUUGGUCUGGUCGUGUUUGCCAUAGUGUUUGGUGUGGCUCUGAGGAAGCUGGGAGAGGAAGGAGAGAUCCUCAUUAAGUUCUUCAACUCCUUCAACGAGGCCACCAUGGUGCUGGUCUCUUGGAUCAUGUGGUAUGCUCCUAUUGGUAUCAUGUUCCUUGUAGCUGGCAAGAUUGUUGAAAUGCAGGAUGUUGGCAAACUAUUUUCCAGUCUGGGAAAAUAUAUAGCCUGCUGUUUCAUCGGACAUGCCAUCCAUGGCCUUCUUGUGCUGCCCGCCAUCUACUUCGUCAUUACAAGGAAGAACCCAUACACCUUCCUCUGGGGGAUAUUUACAGCUCUGACAACCGCCUUCGGAACAAGCUCCAGCUCCGCCACUCUGCCCCUGAUGAUGAAGUGUGUGGAGGAAAAUAACGGCGUAUCCAAGCACAUCAGCCGUUUCAUCCUGCCAAUCGGAGCGACAGUCAAUAUGGACGGAGCUGCGCUCUUCCAGUGUGUGGCUGCAGUUUUCAUCGCUCAGCUGAACAACGUUUCCCUGAACUUCGUCCAAGUCAUUACCAUCCUUGUGACAGCUACAGCGUCAAGUGUUGGCGCUGCAGGUAUACCUGCUGGUGGUGUGUUGACCUUAGCCAUCAUCCUGGAGGCGGUGGGACUGCCCACCAACGACCUGUCUCUCAUCCUGGCUGUCGACUGGCUUGUUGACCGUACAUGCACGGUGCUGAAUGUAGAGGGCGACGCCUUUGGAGCUGGGCUCUUGCAGAACUUUGUGGACCGCACGUCCAAACGAGAGGAGGGAGCAGAGCUGAGCGAGGUCCGGCUGGAGGGCAACGCAUCAGCUGCUGCCCCUGAGCACUCGCCGCUUAUUGAGAAGCGAGCUGAGGGGCACCGUGCAGAAAGUGCUAAGAAGUCUCUGUCCGGUGAAAACGAGUCUGUCAUGUAAUCCAGCUGCUGACACCGUCAAUGACACGCUCACUUAUUUUACAUCCCUGCAAAAACCAACACACUCUUUUCCUUUUUUUCCUGCCCUGGAGAAAAGAGGAUGGACAGUACAUUACUUUGCAAUGAAAAGAUCUAUUUCCUGAACACUAUUCUGGGCAGAAAGCAAAAAAGUCAAGGGGGGGUAUUCCAAAUACAUUUAUGCACAGUGACUUUUGUUUCCUUUUUGAGGGACAGUGUACAUUAGUCUGGCUACUAAUGUUUCAUUUGCUCAAUCCUCGUCAAUUUUAAAGUCAGAAUUUGUGACCAAGUUGUAUACAUUAGGUGCUUGCCAAUGUAUAAUGAAUAGAUCCACUGGGACGUCGAGACGCUGGACUAGUGACCAUCUGCCAUUACCUCAUUUUACAAAUGGAAGAAAUGUUACAUUAAUUUAUGAUGGUGAAAUGGUAGUUCCUUGGAUUCUAUUUGUAAACAACUGGUAUUCCAAUUUUCUAGUGGAACACAUGAACAUGUCUGACUUUAAAAGUUGAGGAGGACCACAUGCAGCUUGCUGGAACAGGUUUUUCAUAUUCUCCAUCUGGAAUUUUAACAAUGAUUUUUGUUACCGUCAUCUUUUUUUUGUUUUUUUCUGUUUGUGUUCAAACUUCAAAGUCACAUUUUUAUCUUCCCAAACCGAAAAAUAAUUUUAUAUUUGUGAAAUG